AUGGAUUUUGAGGGAGAGGAUGAGCGGCAGAAGAGGAUAGGAAACUUGCCCUUGUUCUCCAUCCCACCAAUGGAGUCCCCAGAGAGAUCAGGGAUGGCCACUCCCCCACUCCACACCUCUGCAGCUGUCCCUUUUUGUUGGGAACAAGAGCCAGGAAAACCAAGGCCAUGCAGUGCCCUCAUACCCUUCUCCAACCCCACAGAUUUCUUACCCAAAUGCUUGGAACUCCCUCCAAGGUUGCUCAUACCCUCUCCCUACGUCUCCACCAGCAACAGGUUUCGCUCUCCAUCCUUCAGAACCAGUGCCAACUGCUAUGGUUCUCAAAGCAAGGUGCUUGGGGCCAUGGUUCUAGCCAAAGGUGGGAGCUUCAAGGACUUUCUCUGGUUUGGUUCUUGGAAAAAAAAGGCCUUCAAACUCAAAAAGAGAGAGGUCACUGGGGCCAGUCAUGUGUUUCCUUCUUCUUCCACUGAUGUCAAGGACACUGACACUUCCAUUCUAGACACUCAUAUCCCAAACAUGAAACGUUCUGGCGUCUGGUGUCUCAAAUUUUUGCAGACAAGUAUUUGUGAAGGGUUGAAGCUGGUGGUUCCAUGGAGGAGGAAAAAACUGAAGAGACAUGGGAGUGGUGGUGCCCUUAAGCCUUAG